CAUUUGCUCACCAUGCUGCCCCUCCUCCUUGCCCUGUUUCUCCUGAUCGGGCCAUCGGCGUGCACUACAGCUGGAGACAGAGAGGAAGCAGAGUCCUGGGUGACCGUGAACCUGAAGGGCAUACCUGUCCCCAGCAUUGAGCUCCGGCUUCAGGACAUGAAGAGAAGCAGGACUCGCCAGUUCUAUGGUCUGAUGGGGAAGCGGGUGGAAGGCUAUCAGCUGGGACGAAUAGUGCAGGACCUCCUUGGCGCGAGUGGUCUGUCCAUAGAAGGCCCGCACUGA